AUGAUCGCGCCUUUCCGAAGGUCCCUUCCUGCGAGUUCCAAGGCGGGAACGCCCUCCUUUGGCUGGCGCGCAGACUCCCCGGGGACCUCAUCAGAGGACGACACCACGGUGAACCUCAUUCGGCUGAGUCUGGCUGCCCUAAUUGUGCUCAUCCUAGGGGCUUUCCUGGUGGAAGCCUGGUGUGGCCGGGGGUCCAGAGCAGUCGCCGCCCUGGCACCGGCGCCGGCGCUCAGGCAGUCCAUCUGGUCGGAGCCGGCUCUGGGCCAACACUGCGCCCCGCCCACCCCCACCCACCCUGCCCCCUUACCAGGGGGUAACGCAGGGCAGGACCUGGAGUCCCAGGCGUCCCGGGCCGUCGCCCCUUGGAGCGUGAAUGGACGGAGCAGCACCCUUGGGCUCCGCCUGGGCUACGGAGACGAGCCGAGGAAUGAGCUGCUUCCUAGGCCCUUCCUCAGCAUCUUGCCCAGCUCGGUGGUUGAACGCGGGAGCAACGUGACCUUGACGUGUCAGUCUCACUUCCAGAAUGUGACAUUCGCCUUAGCAAAGUUGCAGGACCCCAGGUACAAGCAUGAGCAGAGGUCAGCAGGGAACUACACUGAAUUCGUCCUCACUCACCUGCAGCCGAAGGAUGCUGGGACGUACUUUUGUGCCUACAGGACAAUGAGCUCCCAGGAGUGGUCGGAGGAGAGCGGGGGCCUGUGGCUGGAGGUCGCGGAUGACCGCAAAGGACAUGCUGCUCCCUCAGCAAAAUCAGGCACCGGAAUCACCUUUGUCAUCACCUUCAGCUGUCUCUCCAUCUGCCUCCUCUUCCUCUCCGUCGUCUUCAUCUACCGGUACACACAGCAGGGUGAGUCCAGAGAAGAAGGUUUUUUCAAAAGGUGAGG